AUGUCUUCUCCCCUUAGCAUCCUGCUGUUUAUUGGUAUGAUGUUGACCACUUAUACUAAUGGAUUAAUAAAAUUUAAGUUACCUAAAACUGAUAUUAUUCAUCCCAAAUCCGGAUUAGUCAUGCAAUACUUAUCCGAAUUUCGACCUGCGAAUAAAAUCAUUACUUUUACUGUCACCAUUCCUAUGUACUCCGACAUGUGUUAUUUAGUUCCAAAUGUAGCCAUGGGAAAGAUUCCUCAAUGUAUGGAGAAAGAAGCUACGAUGAGAGAGAUUCGAGCAAUUAACGUGCAACUCGCUCGAAAUUCGUCAGUUGUCUCACUCGACAAUCAAACGAGACCAGAACGCGCGGAAUUAAAUAGAACAAUGCUUCCCUUACGAUCGGCGAAACAAGAAAAACCACGGAUUUACCCAAACCGAAUAGUCGUAGGAGACCAAGACACGAUAUAUAUACAGGAAGUGGAACAAUCUGUGCCUUCUACGUCAACACGGUCAACAAGCGUAUCAAUAAAAACCAAACCUCGUGCAAAGCGCUUAAUAGCAGAAAUUAUCGCUAUUGGCGCAGGUAUUGCGUCGACAGCUUUGUCCGUCGUUAACUUAAUUCAAAAUAUGAACUUGAAAUCAGAGAUGAAACACACUAAACAACUGUUACGCACAUUGCAACUCACCACUCGUGAUAACCACGCACAAAUCAUUCACACGAAUGAAGGACAAUUUAAAGUGGUACACGAAUUGGGUGCGACACAGACCGCGUUAAACAAAACAAUAGAUCUCGUUAACCAGCACUCCGAGGUAUUACGUUUACACUCAGCCGCCUUAAAAACUGUAAUCUCUCAAACCAUGCUACUAAGAGAUAAAUUGGCAACAGCCACCCAAGCAAUGGAAUCACAUUUCAUACAUGAAUCAAUGGAGGAUAUUUUAGUUAACAAACUCAACUUAUAUUUUGUUCAUCAUCAGGACUUACCCAACGUAAUUAACUUAAUUUCCCAAGCGAUGAAUAUAUCGUGGGGUGAUUUUAAUACGUCAAUCCCCACGAUUGAGAUCAUUACCCGAUUAUUAGUCCGUCAACAAAUCGAUUUCGCUCCCGCGGUAACUAAAAGCUCGGAGGCUAAUAAAAAUGAAAUCGGCAAAUUAAUGUUCACGUCUUAUUUUGCUGCUCCCGAUCAAAACCAACCACCAUUCUCUGUUUAUGAAUUAUUCCCCAUACCAUUUAAAUUUCGAAACAGUCGUGUCCUAUUAGCUAAGAUGCCUGCUUACAUCGGAAUUCAACAAACUUCGCAACAGUUCAUUCACUGGUCUCAUGAAGAAGCGAAAUCUUGCGAUUUCAAAAUCAUGCCUUUUUGUCGUGAAUCUCCGCCCCAACGAAAAGAAUAUGAAGAUGACUGUCUUUACCAAAUUUUAAGCGAUUCCGUGUUGCAACAUUGUCGUAUAGAAUUUUUUCAUGAUAAAGUGUUUAUCCGUCAAAUAGGUCCAUAUUGGGCAAUAUCAACGCACAAUAAAAAUCAAUGCCAUUAUGUUUCUACUGAAGACUUAGAUCAACAUUCAGCGACGGAUAAUGAGCAAAUCACAUUACCGGAAAUGGCCCUCAUUCGGGCUGAUGGUUCUAAGAUCCUAGCCUGUGACAGGUUUACUAUUCCCAAGCGUCCAACCAAUAUUGGGACACCUAUUAAUCUUAUCUAUCAAGAAGCAAUUAUACCCGAAGAUCGUACUCUAAUAAAUCUACAAGAAGCUUUGGAUAAUAACACACAAUGGCCAAAACUUCCAUACAUAUCAUCUGAAUUGCAUGCAAUCAUAGAAUUUUUAAAUAAUACACCAGCCACAUCAACAACUAGCAACACAUCCGUUUGGGAAAAUCACCCUUUGUCAAUUGUUAAAAUAACGUUUAUAGCAAUACUAACUUUGGUGGUGUUAGUCCUUAUUUUCUGUAUAUUUAGAUUCAAGAAAACGAUGAAAUCUCAAAAUAACCUUACCAUUACGAUGCCUUCCAUGAAACAGCUGUUGGAACGAGAAGACUGA